AUGGUUGUUGUUCAGCAACGCCUCACUAAGAGUCUGCAUAGUCUGCGUCUACUGCUUGUGGAUCCUGCGAAGAUUAAAGCUGUGGUCGAUUGGCCCGUACCGAAGUCGGUUCAAGAAGUCCGAGGCUUCUUUGGCCUUACUGGAUAUUACCGACAAUUUGUUCGGGGAUAUGCCUCCAACGUGGGCCCAUUAACAGAGUUACUCAAAAAGGGUGGAUUUUCAUGGGGACUAGCAGCUGAUGAAUCAUUCCAACGAUUAAAAGAAGCAAUGACCAAAACUCCGGUUCUGUACCUCCCUAAUUUUGAGCGACCUUUUCGUGUAGAGACAGAUGCUUCUGGGUGCGCGAUGGGCGCCAUUCUAACGCAGGACAAAUAUCCCAUAGCAUAUUUCAGCAAGAAGUUGCCGCCUCACUAUAAAAAAGCCUCGGCGUAUUGUUGGGAAAUGUAUGCCAUCACCGCCGCAGUUCGUCGUUGGCGCCCCUAA